AUAAGAAACUUAUCAUGAAGUAUCAACCAUCAGCUUAAACUAAAUAGCGUUUCUAAAUGUUACGAACAGGCUCAUUAAUUAAAACAUGAUAGUGUAUUUUUGCUUCGUGGGUGGGAACUGGGAAGGUGCGUGGAGCAGGCGAGUAGGAAGCGCCGAACAAUGCGGUUCAAAUACUGAAAGUCAGAUCAAAUUACUACGUCCUUUGAUUCACACGGGCAUUAAUGAGGAAGCACCUUCCUAGUUCCCGCAGUAUCAGCAUCAAUGGGCGAUGAGAACCCAUGUGACUACCAUUACCCAUUCAUCGAUCAACUCCUCAUGAUCUAAUAGUACUAUAUAUUCACCUCAUCUACUUUUGUUUCACAUUUAUUAUGUGUUAAGUCUUACUAUUUUCCCUUACGCCCUGCAUACACUGUGAUCGAGUAACUACUUGGUGAAGAUCAGAUGACUAACCGGUGUUUGCUGCUGUUGUUUGCACUUAUCUCCACCUUGGCAGCCACCACGACUGCCAAGAAGUUAGCCGUCCCCUAUGAACUCUCCGGCAAUGUGUACUGUGAUACUUGCCGCUUUGGCUUCGAGACUAACAUCACUACCUACAUCUCAGGAGCGGUUGUAGAAUUACAAUGCAAUGACAAAUCAGAUUCAAGAUUAGUGUUCAGUAACAGAACCACAACAGAUGAAAAUGGAAAGUUCACCUUCCAUGUCAGCGAAGAUCAUGGUGACCAAUACUGUGACGUAGUCUUAAUCUCCAGUCCAUGGCCUCACUGUAAGGUCAUUGAUCAUGUCCGAAGACGGUCUCGAGUCAUCGUCACUGAUCUCAAUGGAAUCACUUCCUACCUUCGCCAUGCCAACAACUUGGGUGUCUUCCAAGACUACACUUUCCCUGAAUGUUCAGCACUUUAUAAAUUGUACUUCCAAUCUGAUGACAUAUAAGGGAAUUGCACUGCAACUUAUAAUUAAAUUUGCUACUAUUUUUUACUCUUAGUUCGUUUUAUUUAUUUUUCUAAUGAAUAAAUACAAGUAUAUUCUUAUUUUAUUUCUUUGGAAAAGAAAAAAUUCCCAAGGGUGAACCAAUUUUCUCAUUGGUUUGAUCCUAGAUUGGCAUAUUUAUAUAUUAGUUUGUAGUCUAUACUCUGUACUGCUAGAAACUCAUUUAUAUCUACUUAAUUUAAUUAUAUUGUCAUUAA